GAAGCACUUUUAGCCCAUCUUCAUACUGUACUGUCUUUGGAGGUGUCUGUCUAUGGUACAAACUCUGUGAUUGUAACCUCAGCCUUCUCUAUUUUACUUCCGUAAACAUACAGUUUACAGGAAGUGACGCUGUAGUAAAUACCACCGGGAACGGAAGUCCAUGUAGCGCGCCAAAUUUGUUGAGCAGCUGGGUUGGAGUCAACUUCGCUUUCAAGAUUUGAGAUAAUAUAUAUAAAUGCUGAUAAGGAACCAGGACUGCUGAAAGACUCAAGCAUGGCGGUGCCUUUUGUGCAGGACUGGGACCUGAUCCAGACGCUGGGAGAAGGAGCAUAUGGAGAGGUCAGGCUGCUGGUGAACAGACAGACUGGAGAAGCUGUAGCGGUGAAGGUUAUUGAUACGUCUCAGGGGAAGGAGUGUUCUGAGAACGUCAAGAAAGAGAUCUGCAUCAACAAGGUUCUGUCCCAUCCUAACGUAGUGCGUUUCUUCGGCCACCGGAGGGAGGGGCCGACUGUCUAUCUGUUCCUGGAGUACUGCAGCGGUGGAGAGCUAUUCGACAGGAUUGAGCCUGAUUUGGGGAUGCCAGAGAGAGAAGCUCACAGGUUUUUCCAGCAGUUGAUAGCAGCUGUGGAAUAUCUCCACAGUGUAGGUAUCACCCACAGAGACAUCAAGCCUGAGAACAUUCUCCUGGACGAUAAAGAUAACCUGAAGUUGUCGGACUUCGGUCUAGCUACGAUGUUCCGUCACCGUGGGCGAGAGCGGCGUCUGAACAGGCUGUGUGGAACUCUUCCGUACGUCGCGCCUGAGCUGCUCAGCAAAUCAGAGUUCAGCGCUCAACCAGCUGACGUCUGGGCCUGCGGCAUCGUCCUCACCGCCAUGCUGGCUGGAGAGUUGCCGUGGGACCAGCCCAGCGAGAGCUGCCAGGAAUAUUCUGAUUGGCUGCAGAAGAAGACCUACCUCUCCCCCUGGAAGAAGAUUAAACACACCCCCUCAGUGGGAAAGGGCAGUGUGAUCAAGAUUGUGUGA